CAUGACGUCAACGCGAGCUUAGACAAACUACAGCUCCAGAACUCGACGUCUUGCAUACAACCAACUUAACUCAAACCUAUACAUCUCGCAACACCAGAAUCUUUGUCAAUCUCAAUUCCUUUGUACCAAUUUACAUCAUGAGCUUCCUUCGCCCCAUGUCGAUGCUGCGUUCGGCAGCUCUACGGCCCGCACUUUCGGCGGCCCCCCGUGCCCGUGUACAAGUCCGCUUCGCGACCUCAGAUUACGGUUCCGGUAAGGGCAACCCAGCUGGAGAGUCACCAGAGAAGCAAGGCCAGAACCCCAGCGAGAACCUCGAGCAUCCCGGCCCCGCACCGCCCAAGGUUGCCCAAGGCCAGUCUUCGUCGUCGCCAAACAAGGACGGCAACUCGAACCAGAAUGAGUCCCCCAAGCCCUCAUCAGAGUCGCCAGCUCCUUCAUCAAACAAGUCUGGCAAGCGCGAAUUCUCGACAUUUGCACGCCAGAUGAAGGAGAGCAAAGAGCCAGCCGUCAAGCAGGGUCAAGACAACAAGCCCAGCCCCAACGAAGUCAAAGGUGCGAAACCCAAAAUCCUCAACGAAAACCCUCCUGCACCCGAAGAAGAGAGCGAGGACGUCAAGCAACACAACAAGGACAUGGAUAACCGGGCGGAACAGGCGCAUGAGAAGGUCGACAACGAGGAAGCAGAGAAAGACAAAGUCCCUGCCAGCUUCUGGAAAGGCGAAGGUGGACGAAGUGGAUCUGAAGGCGUACGAGGAUGAGCAAGAGCUUAUGCAGAGCGCGAACAACAUGAC